UAUUUCUUAUAAAAAACAUAAUUUUACAACUUUUACAAUUUAUAUGCAAAACUGAUCUUUAUACAAAAUUUAUCUUAUCUUUUAUUAUCAAAUUAUUCCAGGACAUAUUUGUCUUUUAUCAAUGCAUAAACAAACUUCAAAAUUUAAUUAUUUCUUGUUAAUCAGCAAUUAUAAUUUUUCUAUUUAGUAAGCGAUAUUACCACAUGUACCAAAGAGAGAUGUUAUUUGUGAAUAUACAUGUAUAUUAUCUAUAUGAAUGAUAUAAAGUCAUGUAGCCUUUUUCCUGUCAAUACUCAAUAGCUCUUUCAAUCAAUAUAAAAUAUUUUACAAUUGUAACAAUUAAACAAUGAUAUGAUUAUUUAAACAAUAAAUUUCUCGUUAAUGCUUAUAAAAGAUAUAUCUUUCAUAUUAAAGCAUUUAUUUUAAUUAAAUAUUUCAAAAAUAUUUCAAAUAUUAAAUAUUUUAAAUAUUGUCAUAAUUAUUGUCACUUUUUUAAUUGGUAAUAAUUAGUCAGUAGUUACUAUAAGGAAUAAAUAUUAAGAUUAUUAUUGUUAUUGGAAUAUUAAAGUUAAAAUGUAAAGAAAAUGGGGGAAAAAGUUUCGUUAAAAUUAAAUACAGUAUUUUACACAGGUCAAGUUUGUUACUAUGGAAACAUAUAAUAUCGUAUUAUUUUGUCACUUUCUAGCUUCCCUGGCCGCAGAUGCUAAAGGUAAAGGCAAUAAGGCAAAAGGUAAAGAAAAGGGUGGAAAACCAACACAAGAAACUGAGCCAGCAGACAGUCCUGACUUUAUAAACCCACUGUUAGAAGGUGCUGAUUAUAUAGAUGGUCAACUGUGGGUGGCUGGUAACAGGGUUCUCAUUAACCUCAAUCUCUCACGAAAUGAGAUAGGUGAGACAGGCCUUGAGACUCUACUGAAGGCCAUGCAGUAUCAGACAACAUUGUGUAUGGAAAAUAAAAGUAGCGGAACAGGGCUUAUGAGAUUAUUAGUCGGGAAGAACAAGGUUCGAUCUAGCCAUGAGUUGCUACAGAAGAUAACAGAUAUCAUGUUACCUAAAGAUCCUUUCUAUAAACCUCCACCACAGACCCCGGAUGUGACUGAGGCUUAAAUACAAAUACAGAUUUACAUAAUGUCACUUUUUACUUUAAUAUAGUUACAACUCUUUAAUUGAAUGAUUUGGAAAAAAAAUCUUUGACUGGAUUUCUAGGAAAGAAUAUUUCAUUUGGUUCCUUGGAAAAUUUCUUUAAUUGGAUUCCUUUGAAACAUUCUUUAAUUGGAAUUCUUGGAAAAAUUCUUUAGUUAGAUUCCUUGGAAACAAUCUUUUAUUAGAUUCCUUGGAAAAAAACUUUAAUAAGAUUCCUUGGAAAAAUUCUUUAAUUGGAUUCCUUAAAAAAAUUCUUUUACAGGAUUCUUUGGGAAAAUUAUUUUAUUGGAUUCCAUGGAAAAAUUCUUUAAUUGGAUUCCUUGGAAAAAUAUUUUGACUGGAUUCCGUAGAAAAAAUUUUUGAUUGAAUUCCAUAGAAAAAUCUUUGAAUAAAUUCUCUGUUGUCAUAAUUCUUUGAAAAUUUUGAAAGUUUUUUAUAAUGAAGAUUUGGAAUAAAAGAGAGUGUAUGAACUGGAAAAUGUAAAUAGUUAUCUGCUGAUACCGUUAAACGUGAUUGUUAAUGUGAUAACAAAAAAUUUGUUAUUAGAUAUAUGAAACAGUGCAGAAUUUUGUCAUAAUUUGUUCUAUGUUGAAUUUAAGGUCAACAUUAAAACAUAUAAUUAAUAGUAUUACUUAUUUUAAACAUAUAUAUGUUAAACAAAGUUAUUAUAAAAUGUGCUAAAUGUAAAAGCCUAUAGCUAUAACUUGGUUUUUAAAUUAUUCUAGUUUAGUCAACAUUAACACAUAUAAUAUAAAGCCUAACAUUGUUGAAAUGUGUGAAAUUUGAAUGGAAAAGCAUAUAUCUUAUAAAGGUUACUUUCUGUUAAAUGGUAGAUAAUAAUUCUAGGAUAAUAAGGUAUGAAACUUAUUGAAAAAAUAUUGUCUUUUAUCUAUUAAACUUUUUAAGCAUUCUCAUUAACAUUUAGAUAAAAGUAUUCUAUUUUCUUUUUUUUAUUUCAAACGUC